UGUCGGCCAUAUUUGAUUCGAUUAUGCUGUUGUGGCUGCGACAACCAGUUUAACGAGUUCCAGCAGAAACGGUGCUUCUCUCCUCCGGUACGAGGCGGAUCCACUUCCCCGCGACCGACUCCCUCUGCCCCGGUGACGGAUCCGAACCAGCCGAGCUCCACCAUGAACCCCGAGUAUGAUUAUUUAUUCAAACUGCUGCUGAUCGGUGACUCUGGCGUCGGGAAGUCGUGUCUGCUGCUGCGGUUUGCAGAUGACACGUACACAGAAAGCUACAUCAGCACCAUCGGCGUGGACUUCAAGAUCAGGACCAUCGAGCUGGACGGCAAAACCAUCAAGCUUCAGAUCUGGGACACGGCCGGGCAGGAGCGAUUCCGCACCAUCACGUCCAGUUACUACAGAGGAGCUCACGGCAUCAUCGUGGUGUACGAUGUAACAGACCAGGAGUCGUUCAACAACGUCAAACAGUGGCUGCAGGAGAUCGACCGCUACGCCAGCGAGAACGUCAACAAGCUGCUGGUCGGUAACAAGUGUGACCUCACCACGAAGAAGGUGGUGGACUACACCACAGCUAAGGAAUUCGCCGACAGCUUGGGAAUCCCCUUCCUGGAGACCAGUGCCAAGAGCGCCACCAACGUGGAGCAAGCCUUCAUGACCAUGGCGGCCGAGAUUAAGAAGAGGAUGGGCCCCGGGGCCACGACCGGCGCCUCUGAGAAAUCCAAC